CUUUAUAGUUUGAUUGUGACGCCUUUAUUGUAUAUUCAACUGUAAUGUAAUUCAUGUGUUCGCGUAGAGUCGUAUUUUAUCACGGGGCUUCAUUUGCCUCCUCGUGUUUACAUCGAGGCAUUGCGCCGGCCUCCGUUCAAAAAAGCACCGGUUUAAUGUGGGCUGACUCUCCUCUCAGAACACCACUUAGCGGAUGUUCACGGCCGCGGUUGGGAAACUAACGCUUCACUAUAACACACCGUCAACAGCUUCUUUCACUGUGGCGUCUCCUCGCACCGAAGGCAGCCACGUGUUCGGUGCUACAUACCCCGACGCCGUGUCGUUAAAUGUCUCGGUUUUUACAGUGGAGUUCGGCGGGGCGCGCUGUGAGCGGGACACACGGCACCGCAGCCUAUAGGCGUCGCCCAGCGGCUGUGACGAACAUGACAAGCGCCCACGGCCGCGGCUCGUCACAGUAAAAGCAGCAACAUCUGAGUGGAGCAGCUCGUGGGACACAUCCGUGGGUUUGUUGUGCUGGAGUUGAAAGCUACAGACGUGGAUUUGUUGUGCUGGAGUUGAAAGCUACAGACGUGGAUUUGCAUGAGCACGCUGCUGAAUGGAGACGGGACUCCACGUUUUGCUGUACUGGCCCAAUAUUAUUGGAUACAUCAGGAUUGGCCUCGUGUUUGCUGCAUGGGCUGCCUCUGAGACACCAGCAGCCUUCGUCCCUCUUUACUCAGUCUUCAUAGCACUUGAUGGAGUGGAUGGGUGGCUGGCGAGGAGGCUGGGCCAGAGCUCCAGGUUCGGGGCCUGGCUGGACGUAGUGGUGGACAAUCUGGGGAGAGACAUGCUGUGGGGCCUGCUGUUUGAGUGGGGUUGGCUGGUGUCUGCACUGGAGUGGUGUGUGUUUGUGUGUAACCACAAUCCCAGAGGUGACAACUGGAAGAACAGCUUCACCAGCAGCCCUCGGUUCAUACAGGUCGUCAUGGCAAACGGGUUCCGGACACCACUGGGCACAUGGGUGGUGAGCGGGCUGCACUGCCUCCCUCUGUGGCUGUAUGGGUAUCAGUGGGGUUUCCUGUCUCACUGGUUAUAUCUACCUCUCUGGAUCCAGGCCCUGGGGACCAUGCUGCUGGCUGCAGGGCGCCUACUGGCUCUGUCUGCCGAGAUCUGGUGUAUAUGGACACACAUUGAAUAUCUCACCAAUGAUGAGCCAGAGGAGAAAAAGAACUGAAAGCCUCUCAGCAGAGUCGGCUUUCACUGUCCUGUCUACACCCUGAUGUUAUUCCAUCACUUUUAGAUAAACAACGGUCAGGAUUACAUUCCCUACUAACUGAAAACUUUGGGUUAAAACAUGUAUCGGUGAAUAUGAUCACUUUUGAGUUUUGGUUAUCCUCUGCUGAAAUAAAAGGUGUGGCUAAUCUCACCUCUCCCACACUGUCAUGUGAGAGUGUGAUGCAGACUGUGGACAAUGAGAGACUCAGGGAGAAGAAGCCUCUUCAGCUUGUUUAACUGUUCGAAUGAAUACAGGAAUUUUAGAACUGUUAUUUAUUGGAAACACAGUGCCACAGAGUCCAGUUACUCUUCAAUCAGAGAAACAAGAGGAGUCAAAGAAACAUUUUGAGACAGGAACGUCAGCAGGCCAGUUAAAAGUGUAAAAGUACCUAAACACUGACCGGCCAAAAUAUCCUCACUUUCCAUAAAUGUCCUCCCUCCGUAAGGUCUAUGCUCAAAUUGGGUCCCCACAAAUAUGUAAGUACAAGUACACACACACCACUUUGUGUUAGUGAUAGGACUCUUACUACCAAAGAGAGGUUGCGUGUGCACAUAGCUCAUAACGAUACAAAGCAGUAAGUCAGUAUAAAAGGGAUUCAGAUUGUGUAACACUGUAGUAGAAGUAAAGUGCACUGUACACCUGCUGCAAAAGACAUGAAGUGGCUGUUUGUAAGUGCUCAAAGAAGUGUUCGAUAUCUUAACUGGAGCUAUUACAAACUGUUACUAACUUUAUAUAUGCAAAGAUGCAUGCAGUUAGAUGAUGAUAUAUUUAAUGUCUUAUUAAUGAGAAAUACUGGGAACCAAUAAUGUUUUUUAGUUGAAAUAUAGAUUUAUUUUUGUUAUGUUCUGUUGACUGUUUUUUGCUUUAGGCUGCAAUAUUCUUAUCAUUAUUGUUAUUUUUUCAUUAGUCUUAAGUUUACAAUAAAAAACUGUCUGUGAAACCUCA